AUGCAGUCAGAAUACCAUCCGGGAAGCAUGAGAGGAGGUGGUCACCGCUCCUCGCACCCUAUGACUUCAUCGCGACGCGAAUCUUCAAGAGGAGGCUUCUGGGACACUGUCAUGGACAGAAAGGACGGAGGUAGUGCGCAGCUUGGCUCAGGCUCAUCAUUCCACAUGUCAGGGAAUUCAUCGCCCCCUUCGCAUAUACACCCAGCGCAGUCUUUUCAUGUUGGUUCCUCGGCGAGUAGUCGGGUUUCCUCAAGACAUUCUGCGCCAAAGCGUUUCGCAUGCACACAAUGCAACUCUACGUACGGCAGUCCCAAGGAGCUUCAGAUGCACAUGAUUCAGAUGCACACGAAGAAAACCCAUGAGUCUGAUCGGCCGUACACCUGCGAGGUCUGCAAGAACAAGUUUUCACAAAAAAGUCACCUCAAUCAACACAGGCGAACAGUCCACGAAAAAGUGCGACCACACGUCUGUGAUCUUUGUCCCAAAGCGUUCGGCAAGAAAUACGACCUCGCCUCCCAUAGAGACGCAGUACAUGCGAAUGAGCGACGUCACCAAUGUGAUUUUUGUGACAAGAAAUUCGCAAAAAGGUCAAAUUUGACACGACACAAGGAGAAACUCCAUAAGAAUGGGACUUACUCACGAAAGUAA